AUGCCCAUCACACUUGGAGAUAUUCCCCAACAACCUCGUGACGAGGCCUUCGCUUUGACCGCGGAUUUCAAGGCAGAUAAUCAUCCCAAUAAGGUCAGCCUUAGUGCAGGAGUCUACAGGGAUGGAGACUCCAAACCGUGGGUUCUAUCAAGUGUGAGAGAGGCGAAAAGGAUUCUACAUGAAACAACCGAUCUAGAUCACGAAUAUCUUCCUAUACAAGGAUUAGACUCAUUCCUCGAUGCGGCAAAGGAUCUGAUUCUCGGAAAGGAAGCCGCAGCCACUGCCAAUGCUGUCUCUUUACAGACAAUAUCAGGCACAGGAGCCAACCAUGUAGGGGCUGCUUUCCUUGGCCAAAAGCUCCAGCCCAAGAACGUAUUCAUCUCUGAUCCCACUUGGAGCAACCAUCAUCUUGUCUGGACGGUGGGCGCGCCGAAUGUCACGCAACGGAAAUACCCUUAUUACGACUUCUCCAACCACACCCUCGACUUUGACGGCAUGAUGUCCACUCUCGAGGCGGAGGCCGAAGAGAAUGACGUUGUGAUUCUGCACGCAUGCUCUCAUAAUCCAACGGGAGCUGACCCAUCACGAGAGCAAUGGCAAUCUCUUGCAAGGUUGUUCAAGCAAAAGAAGCUGUUCGCCUUCUUCGACUCGGCAUACCAAGGCUUUGCAACCGGAGAUGUGGAGGCGGAUGGCUGGGCAGUUCGCCACUUUCAGCAGACUCUGUUCGGUGAAUGUAGCGCGGAAGAAAACCCCUCUUCUGCUCCUCCUGGCAUGUGCAUCGCUCAAUCGUUUGCCAAGAACUUUGGCCUUUAUGGCGAGCGCGUUGGCGCUUUCCACCUCAUUCUACCAAGACAGACCCAAGCUGAUGGUGCUAAAAGCGAGCUGCUCCGCCUAGUUCGUGCCGAGAUCUCCAAUCCUCCUCUCUUCGGGGCCCGGAUCGUACAGACCGUACUAUCAGACGCCAAGUUGAGGGCUAUGUGGGAGAAUGAUCUGCGAGUGAUGUCCAGUCGAAUCACGAAGAUGAGGUCUCUCCUCAGGCAAGCCAUAGAGGAAGAUCCGAAUUCAGGAGACUGGAGCCGCCUGGAGUCACAGAUUGGAAUGUUUACUUUUACCGGCCUGAGCGAGAAUCAGGUUUUGAGGUUGAGGGAAGUCCACCACAUUUAUUUGAUGAACAAUGGGCGUAUAAGUCUAAGCGGUGUGAAUGAGGGCAAUGUGAAAUACAUCGCGGAGGCAUUUAAUGAAGUUUCAAGGCAAUAG